UACCCCUACCACCUGAUUUCUAUCCCUCUCUCUCUCUCUCUCUCUAUCAUCGAUCAUGUCUGCUGCUAGAGAAAUAGCAGGUGCUAAUCAAUCUCGCCAGGAGAUGAUGGAUCCUGUGGUUGAAUCUCUUGGUAGGCUUGAAGCUUUACUUAAAGUACUCGUCGAAUCGCAAGUACAUACUCAACAUCAACUAUCACAAAUUGUAAGAAACACUAGUAUCACAGAGUAUAAUUAUGAGAAAGACAAAGUUAUCCAAAGCCCGUCAUCAGUAUCAUCUAAUUUUGUAGCUUUAGCGCCACCGUUGAAACUUGAAGAUCAAGAUACUCUCAGCGCUAAUGCCAUAAAUAAUUUUUCGGUAAACAUGGAAAGGCCAUUCUUAGUGUAUGAGGAGGAGAUUACACAGGUGAAACACGAUGAUCGUAAAGAACAAGAGCUGCAGCCAUUUGAAUUUCGCCAGCAACUGGAAACCAUUAGUGACUUCGCGGGACAACAAAGGGCUCUAAACCAGAAGUUUAAACUAGAUGAAGAGGGAGAUCAAACAUAUGUUUUGGAUGAAUUCAAGCAUCUAUUCAAUGCAGCAAAAUGUGGUGACUGUGAAUUUUUGAAGAAGAAUCCGCAAAUGCUUGCACAAGUCAUUACUACUGAUAUGCGGACAGCUUUGCAUGUAGCUGUGUUUAAUAUGCGGUUUACGUUCGUAGAAGAGAUUGUGAAACUCAUUCCCCCAAAAGCGCUUGAAUGCAAAACAAGAGAGGAGGGUUACACAGCACUUCAUCUUGCGGCCAUGUAUGGAUACGCUAAAACCGCUGAGGUGAUGGUAAGGGAAAAUCCUAAACUGACCCAGAUAGAAGACGGGGAUGGAUCUGUACCCCUUGAUACCGCUCUAACAUCAGUUACAGUCGGACAAAGAAAGACAGUUGAAUAUCUUUAUUCUGUGACUAGGCAUGACCACCCAAGUCCAUUCUCCGGCCAACGUGGUGCUAGUCUUUUGUGUAACACUAUUGAAGUCGGUUUCUACGAUAUAGCAUUGCUUAUUGUCCAACGAUAUCCCCAGUUGAUCAUUGAAAGAAGCAAAUAUAGCAAGGUAAGUGGAUUAGAGUUGAUGGCAGAGAGGCCGUUUGCAUUCAAAAGUGGAGCCAGGCUCACGUUUUGGGGACGCUUCUUCUAUUCAUCAGUUUACCACAUGGAUUCGACAGACGACCAUGGCGCCCAAAUAAACAACACUCAUGUAAAUGAGAGCUUCAAAGGCAUCAAUAUAGAUGAAGAGAACCCUCACCAAAAGUUUGAAGGUUCUUAUAGAAAUCAAGUACACCUAUCAGAGAGUUCAGAAAACAUGGAAGGUGGUAACGAAAAACUUCCGAAGAGCUCAGAUAGUAAUAAAAGAAAAUUGAUCAUGGUCUUCUUGGCUUACCUAAUGCGCUACAUGAUAACGUGUUCACCAGCGCGUCGUAUCAAACACUCCUUCAAACAGUUGUACAAUGAAAAGGUGAUGCAUAAACAAGCCAAAGACUUGGUAAAAUGUAUGCUUACACAUCUCAAAAGAAAAAUGAACAAGAGACAAGUAAUGGAUUUUUUUGAUAAGUCUAGCGUCAUUAAAACGGCUAUCAAGCAGGGAACUAUAGAAUUUGUGGAAGAGUACAUUGAAAUCUUUCCAUUUCUUAUUUGGAAUGAUAUGGCGGGACAAUCAAUGAUGGAAAUGGCCAUGGAUGAGCGAAAUGAAAUGAUUGUGAAUCUCAUAUGUGAUGCUAGUGAAGAAGACAAGAGCGACCUAGUUUGUAGAUAUGAUAUAAAGGGUAACACCAUCUUACAUCAUGCUGCCAAGUUAGCACCUUCCGUUCAGCUUAAUUCGGUCUCGGGUGCAUAUCUUCAGAUGCAACGAGAACUGCAGUGGUUUAAGGGGGUCGAAAAUAUGAUGCCGGAAAAAAAUAAGUUCAAUAGAAACAGAAAUGGUGAUACAGCUCAAUAUAUAUUUACAGAGGAGCACAUGGAGUUAAAGGAGAAAGGAGAAAAAUUGUUGAAAGAUACAUCUGGAUCCUGCAUGGUAGUAGCCGCGCUCAUUGCUACUGUAGCAUUUGCAGCUGCUUUUACCGUACCAGGAGGUAAUAUAAGUGAUAUUAAUAGCGUUAAGAAUGGUGUCCCAGUUUACUUGGGAAGUGCUUCAUUUCUAGCCUUUGCAGUGGCAGAUGCCUUAGCUCUUUUCUCAUCUGUCACGUCAGUAUUAAUGUUCUUGGCCAUAUAUACUUCUCGGUAUGCAGAAGUUGACUUUCUAAGAUCAUUGCCACAGAAAUUGUUAGUGGGGCUUGUCAGUCUCUUCGUAUCGAUGGCCACCAUAUUGAUAGCUUUUGGUGCGUCAUUAUAUAUCGUGCUUGGAAAUAGGCUCCCAUGGGCACCAAUUCCUAUAGCUUUGCUCAGUUGUGUUCCUUUUAGCUUGUUUACGUUAUUACAAUUACCAUUAUUUUCUGAAAUGAUACGUUCCACGUAUUGGGGUAUUCCGCUUCAGAAACAUAAAUAUAUCUUCAGCAAACAAGUAAAUAUACGACGAAAGGGAACUGAAUUUAGGAGAAAAAGAUUAAGUUAAGUUCUCCCAGAUCUCCACGACCAACAUUUUUAAAGCGCCUUACAUCCCGUGAAGUGGUUGUUAAACUCGUAGGGGUAACAUAAGUCAUUCUGUCAAUCAGUUAGUAUCUUUUGGCGGUCAUUCCUGGUAUUUCUACAUGAGUUUGUCAAAUCUAUAUUUUCAAGCAAGUUAUUGCAUGCGGUUAUCACGCUACCUUCAAUUGAAAUUUAUUUGUGAAUAUUUGUGGUUUAUCAGAUCUUUUUGUUAUACAACAUUAUAAGAUAAUUUUAAGAGGUUAUUUGGUUU